AUGCUAGUUUUAAAAGAACCAUUCCAAACGGAAGUAAGGAAGAUCAUAUGCGAUUAUUUGAAUCGUUUCAAGGAACAAGCAAACAUUUUGAGAAUGAAGGCUACAGAUCUUUCCAAUCCACGGAUUCCUGUCACGGCACCGAAAUCAUGCGCAUACGGCUGGCCUCAGUAUUUCGCUACCUAUCCCGAGGACCUGCAUGACUUCGAGAGCACACCUCAGCCCAUGGAACAGCAACAGCAAUCAGAGAACCGGUGCAUCCUCCGUGAUAACAAAGUAGCAUUGUCAAGAUUCAUCGACUAA